AUGGACGCACUCAAGGCGGAGAUCGCCGUCAAACGCAAGGCUUUCGACCUCCCAACCAACGACAAUGUCCGCCCGACCAAAUACAUGCGGCGAGGCGACCUCGAACGUCUCAAGGAGGAUCAGGAGCGGAAGGAGCGGGAAGAGAAGGAACGACAGCGCAAGGAGGAGCGUGAGCGAGAUGAACAGGUAUGCGAGGCGCGUAGGCGAGAACAGUCCAAGGCACGUACCCUUCUCUGUGUAGUGGACCACGAUGAGGUGAACAUCCGCCACCAGGUCCCCCAGGAUCGCGCCUCGGGCUCCCCGCGUCCAGGUGAACACGGCUCAGAUACUCCCGUUUCGCUGUCUUUCAACAUAUCCAACGAGGAGACCGUGCGCCGGCUGCGCGCGAAAGGCCAGCCUGUACGGCUCUUUGGAGAGUCUGACAAGGACCGGCGACUCCGACUCCGCGCCCUCGAGCUCAUUGAGGAGAAGGAUCACGAACGGCACGGCGGACAGAACGACUUCAAGAGGGCUCUCGAGGACGUCGAGAACGUCGAACGCCAGAAGACGGACCGGCAGCGGCAGGAGGAAGCGGGCAGGGAGAAGGGAAAGAAGAGAGACGGCGAGUCCGCACUAGGCAGUGAGACGCUCGACCUGCAGCUCGUCAAGACCGACCCGGACAAGCUGUAUCCGAUGAUUUACUAUGCCCUCAAGCGUGCGCUGAAGGAGUGGGAGCAGUGGAUGGACGACCGUCCUGAGCACGUCAAGCGGACGACGCAGGGCAAGCUUGCGGCUGCUACGCAACGGCAGUCUGCUGAGUAUUUGAAGCCCCUUUUCAAGCUUCUCCGUGCACGAAAUCUUCCGGCAGAUGUGCUCGCUCGAAUCGCUGAGAUUGUGCAUUACAUGCAGAAGAGACAGUAUCAGAGAGCGAACGAUUCAUAUCUACGGCUGUCCAUCGGCAACGCGCCUUGGCCGAUUGGGGUGACCAUGGUUGGAAUCCACGAGCGUUCUGCUCGAGAGAAGAUCUCUGCGGAUCAGGUUGCACAUGUGCUAAAUGAUGAAGUCAGUCGAAAGUACAUACAGAGUUUGAAGAGAAUACUCACCUUUGCACAAACCAAGUACCCACCUGAAGAUGUUACUCAACUCAUGGGUUAA